AUGGCUGAUAUCAACAAGCAGACGUUAGUCGACAAGUGUCGAUCGCCUAUCAACAAGCAGACGUUAGUCGACAAGUGUCGAUCGCCUAUCAACAAGCAGACGUUAGUCGACAAGUGUCGAUCGCCUAUCAACAAGCAGACGUUAGUCGACAAGUGUCGAUCGCCUAUCAACAAGCAGACGUUAGUCGACAAGUGUCGAUCGCCUAUCAACAAGCAAGACGUUAGUCGACAAGUGUCGAUCGCCUAUCAACAAGCAGACGUUAGUCGACAAGUGUCGAUCGCUUAUCAACAAGCAGACGUUAGUCGACAAGUGUCGAUCGCCUAUCAACAAGCAGACGUUAGUCGACAAGUGUCGAUCGCCUAUCAACAAGCAGACGUUAGUCGACAAGUGUCGAUCGCCUAUCAACAAGCAGACGUUAGUCGACAAGUGUCGAUCGCCUAUCAACAAGCAGACGUUAGUCGACAAGUGUCGAUCGCCUAUCAACAAGCAGACGUUAGUCGACAAGUGUCGAUCGCCUAUCAACAAGCAGACGUUAGUCGACAAGUGUCGAUCGCCUAUCAACAAGCAGACGUUAGUCGACAAGUGUCGAUCGCCUAUCAACAAGCAGACGUUAGUCGACAAGUGUCGAUCGCCUAUCAACAAGUAGACGUUAGUCUACAGUAA